AUGCCUGCGUCUGGAAACGACGACAUUACUGACGACUAUGUCACCGAGAUGCUCAAACGAGAUGCCAAGGCCUUGUCCUCAUCGUCGAGUCUCGCGUCGCUGAUGAACAAAAGAAAUAUCCUCCGACACACCGACAACCACAACUCGGCCCUGCUCAAGAAGGAGGCCGAGGAAUCAAGACUCCGUCUGCAAAACCUGCCUCGCUCGCACCGUCCUGCCCAGCAACUCUACUCUGCACGCGAUAGACACAAUCCCAAGAGGAGGCGUCUCGAUCCUGACGACCAUGACCAUCUAUCUACCGAGCAGAAGACCCGUGAGAGUCAUCGCCAUUCCCCCGAUACGAAACCCAGGCAUUCCCGCUCAAGCCGUCGCGACACCUCGCCAGACCGUCAUUCCUCGCAACGCCAUCACAGAGACCGCCGUUCGCCAGACUCAAGACAUCACGAAUCAAGCAGACGCCACCAUCACUCGAGACACCGCUCCUCUUCACCGCGUAACCGCCAUUCAUCGACGAAACCAUCCAAGUCAUCUGAAAACUCGACUCAUCGCCACAAUCGAAGGCGUUCUCCACCAUCUGACGCAUCGGAUUCCGAUCCUCUAGAUGCCAUCAUCGGCCCUGCACCUCCGUCUCAUCCACCAGUUCGCUCACGGGGCCGUGGUGCUCAGAAUCAUGCUUCGGCCAUCGAUAAUCAUUUCUCCUCAAACUACGACCCAUCUGCCGAUGUACAACCAGAUCCGCAAGAAGACGAUGACUGGGAUCAAGCUCUCGAGGCUCUACGGGAUCGCCAGAAGUGGAAGCAACAAGGUGCAGACAGACUCCGUGCCGCCGGCUUUACCGAAAAAGAGGUCAGCAAAUGGGAGAAGGGCGGCGGGAAGUCGGAAGAGGACGUCGUAUGGGCAAAGAAAGGCGAGGGACGGGAAUGGGACCGAGGCAAGGUUGUAGAUGAGCAUGGACUGGUUGAAGUCAAGCCCGAAUGGGGCAGGCUGAAAGAUGCUUGA